UACUUUCAAACAAAGCAAAGAUAUUUAAGUUAAUCGUAGCUAAUGCCAUUAUUAUGCUAAUUGAAUAAUUAACCGACUAAUUUACAAAAUUUGCUUUUUUCAUAAUAGAUAUAUUUUUUACAUUUACCUCCUUUUAUUUUGAAAGUACCGGAUGUGUUUGUAUGUUUUAAGGCUGCUCUCUUGACCGACCGCGGACUGCUUCUCUGCCUCAGCUGAAGAACAAAUCGACGCAGCUGGGCUUGCAUCAAGUAUCAACCCUGGACGCCUAAAUUGAGGAAUUUACCAUCACUUCAAAUUCAACAGCAGCAUUUUUGCAGAGUUAAAUAGAAACAGUAAGCAAAUGAAAUAAGUGUCAACUAGCCGUAACCACAGAAACAGGCUAGAGGCAAAGAAGCCAAAACAAAACAUCAAAACCCGGCAAACAAAGAGGUCCUUUUUUCAACGCCAACAUUUUUCCUCCAUAUUCAAUAGUUAUGAGUCAUGUGGCCGUCGAAAAUGCCCACGGUCUAGAGCAGCAGCUGGCUGUCCUGGACUUGAGUGCUCCAGAUGGACAAGGCGGAGGGCGAUAUGUUCCUCCGCAUUUACGGAACAAAGACGCAUCCAAGAACGUGGGAAACGCUUUUGCUGCAGGACGACCGGGCGGGUACACCAUAGCUCCUGCAGCAAAUUACGGUUGGGACGCAGGGCGCAACAACUUUGUCAACGGCUACCAUGACAACCGCAUGAGCGGGAACUCGUUCAACCGUGGCCCGCCACGCAUGGAGCGUGGGCGAGGCGGUGUUGCGGGAGGCGGUUACCGUGGCAACAGGGGCGGAGCGUUCAACCCCAUUAACCCCAUUAACCCCAUUAACCCCGCGCAGCCCAUAAGCUUCGAUGCCGGUGGCUGGAACACGGCCAAAGACGCCUAUAGCAGCUUUGGCAACAACCGAGGAAAGUCUGCGUUCUUCAACGACAGAGGCAACGCCAGCAGAGGAAGGUUCGAUCACGGUGGAUUCGGUGGUGGCGGAGGAGGAAACAGCCGCUGGGUGGAGGAGUCCAGGGACGAUGGCGACUGGUCCAAGCCGCUGCCGCGUAACGAACGCCUGGAACAUGAGCUGUUCUCCGGCAGCAACACUGGGAUCAACUUCGAGAAAUACGACGACAUUCCCGUUGAGGCUACAGGACAAAACUCCCCUCAUCACAUCGAGAGUUUCCAAGAUGUCGACAUGGGUGAGAUUGUCAUGGGCAACAUUGCUCUGAGCCGCUACACCAGACCAACUCCUGUGCAGAAAUACGCCAUUCCUAUCGUGAAAUCCAAGAGAGACCUCAUGGCCUGCGCACAGACGGGAUCUGGAAAGACGGCCGCGUUCCUGCUGCCAAUUCUCAGCCAGAUCUUCACAGACGGACCAGGAGAAGCUCUGAAUGCAGCCAAAGCCUCAGGACAGGAAAAUGGGAAGUAUGGCCGGCGUAAGCAGUACCCCAUCGCCCUGGUACUGGCCCCAACCAGAGAACUGGCGCUGCAGAUCUACGAAGAAGCCAGGAAGUUUUCGUACCGCUCCAGAGUGCGUCCCUGUGUGGUGUACGGCGGGGCAGACAUUGGCCAGCAGAUCAGAGAACUGGAGAGAGGCUGCCACCUGCUGGUAGCAACUCCUGGCAGACUGGUGGACAUGAUGGAGAGAGGCAAGAUUGGACUGGACUACUGCAACUACUUGGUGCUAGAUGAGGCAGACCGCAUGCUGGACAUGGGCUUUGAACCACAGAUAAGACGCAUCGUGGAGCAGGACACCAUGCCGCACAAAGGCAUCAGACAAACCUUGAUGUUCAGCGCUACGUUUCCUAAAGAGAUCCAGAUCCUGGCGAGGGAUUUCCUGGAGGAUUACAUCUUCCUGGCAGUGGGCAGAGUGGGUUCCACCUCGGAGAACAUCACACAGAAGGUGGUGUGGGUUGAAGAGAGUGAUAAGAGAUCUUUCCUUUUGGAUCUGCUCAGUGCUACAGUCAUCCCCAACGAGGUACAGGACAAUACUGGAGACAACGUAGAGAAACCUGGGAAGGACUCCCUGACCCUCGUCUUCGUGGAGACCAAGAAAGGAGCCGACGCCUUGGAGGACUUCCUGUACCGGGAGGGCUACGCUUGCACCAGUAUCCAUGGCGACCGCUCCCAGAGAGACCGCGAGGAGGCACUGAACCAGUUCAGAUCGGGAAAGUGCCCCAUUCUUGUCGCCACGGCGGUCGCAGCUCGAGGUCUGGACAUCUCCAACGUGAAACAUGUUAUCAACUUCGACCUUCCAAGCGACAUAGAGGAGUACGUCCAUCGCAUCGGACGUACGGGGCGAGUCGGAAACCUGGGACUGGCCACGUCAUUCUUCAACGACAAAAAUGGGAACAUCACAAAGGACCUGCUGGAUAUCCUGGUAGAGGCUAAACAGGAGGUUCCCUCAUGGCUGGAGAGCCUGGCCUAUGAACACCAGCACAAGAGUAGCAACAGGGGGCGCUCUAAGAGGUUCUCUGGUGGUUUCGGAGCUCGGGAUUACCGCCAGACGGCUGCCGGGGGCAACGCCGGAGGGUUCGGGGGGCGGGGUGGACGCAACCAGCAGGGACACGGAGGAAACCGUGGCUUCGGAGGAGGUGGUUUUGGCAACUUCUACACAAGCGACGGCUACGGAGGAAAUUACUCCCACUCUCAAGUGGAUUGGUGGGGAAACUAGGUGUCUCCAUUCCAUCUCUCCUCAUCUUUCUUUCCUCCUUUGACUCCUUUUCCAUCAUUUCUCCCCAACCAUGUCAUCCACAACCCCUCCGUCUCGUCACCUCUACUAUUCCCUGGAACCUCCAUGCAUGUUAUUAAACUAUUUAUACUCAUUUAUAUAUCCCCUCCUUCUAGUCCCAGUCAGUCAUGUCUUUUAUUAGCUUUAGAUUCUCUCGUGCUUUCCAUCUUCAUUUUGUUUCCUUUACGUUCUUGAUCUCUCCUGGUAAAGUUGGCCACUUUUAUAAAGGAUUCUUGGAUUUUGUUUUGUUACUUCCUAACAAAGUUCGAGUUGUUCUCAAAGCCCCUCAUAUAGGACGAUUUACGGACAUCUAUAGGGCAGCAUUCUUUUUUCUUUUUUUUUUUUGUGACCUUUAGAUUUGAGUUUUAGCUUCAUGUUUACCAGUCAGGCAGGCUCCCUGUGUAACUUUGUAUUUAAGCGCAUGGCCACAUUGUAAAUCACCGGCCAAAAAUUUUGUAAAAGGCGGAGCUGGGCGAGACGGCAAGGCAAAAUGUCCGACAUAGGAACUUUAUGUGUUCUCCUUCAUUUCUAACCUGGAGUUUUUCACUUUUUAAAGCGUCGAUAUUUGAGUUACUGAUGUCUGCCGAAGAAAACGACAAACUGACCCCACCGAACUCCCAAACCAGUGAAAUGUCAGUUUUGCCCACUAGAAGGCGCUUGUUAAAACUUGAUUUCUUCAACUCCAACCAACAAUGUAGAGAAUCCUUUUGUUUCUGUACUGUGCCUUUAAGAAUUGAAACUCUGUGUAUGUUGCUUUUCUCACUAUAAUACCUAACUGGCUGCAAGUAUAGUUUUUAAAGGUUACUGUAUUUAAUGUCAUGUGUGGGUUUAAACGCGCACUUCUUCAUUCCCGUUUGGACGGAGUCAAACUAGGCUUGAACUAAAUCAAACCUUGGCAAAAAAACACCAAAAAGAAACGCACAAAACAAAAACUAAAACGGACGUAACGAGGAAAGCUGAAACUCCUCAUGUCCUCUUAGAGGUAGAAAAAAAAAAUCACCAAAUGAGCGGGUUUUCCCUGAAGCUUAUGACCUCUGUAGAGACAUUUGAACUUGUUCUCAGCUUGGUUGUAGGUUCUUUUUGUUUAGUUUUUUUGGGUGGGGGGGGGGAUACUUGUAUUUUUUUUUUUCUUCUUUUGCGUCAAAUCCGGAGCUCAAACUCCAGCUAGCAGCUUGGUUUCCCCACAGCCUUUGUCACUAAUUGUCGGCCUCCACUCCUCUGGCGUCAUUAACUGUUGGUAAAAGCUGAUCCAGGGGUUUCUUGGUCAUCUUAAAGUCAAACAAACAAGACUCUUAACGCCCAAAAUCGAUAGUUUUUCUUUAUCCGACUCUUAGUGCCGCCAUGCUGUUGGGAAACCGAAUCUGCUCCCACCUCAAACCUCAGUCUUAGUUCUUACAAUCUUCCUGCAACUCUCAAAAGUAAGUUAAAGGGGGGAAAAAACCAACAAAAAAAACCAUGCUCACUCUAUCCUGGAGAGUUAAACAAAAAGCCUUCUCUUCAAUAAAUCUUUCCAGUUUUAUUAUUAAUUUGUUCGGUCCUUCAAAUCUGUCGAGGUAAAGCGUUGGAAUUUUUUUUUUUUCUUCUUUUAUUUUUACUGUAGUGACAACUGGGGCUUCCAGACGAUGAAAUGCUGCAUUUCCAGAGCACAUUAUAGCCACAGUCUUAAUGACUUUUUGUCCUAAGUAAGCUACUUGAUUUUUUUUUCCCCCCCCCAUCAUUUUGCAGAGGUAUCACCUGGUUAAAAAACAUUCUCACCUUCUUUUUGAGGCUUUUUUUCCCCUCUCCAAUUUAAAUGUCCUCUAAACUUUAACCCUGCUUUAACUGGUUAAGUUAAAGCAGUCCGAACCAGAGCUGCUAAAAUGUGCUGGUGGAAAAGCUGCAUCCCCGGGGAAGUCCUGCUUGGCUCUGUCGCAGACUCUGCCAAACCGACUCUGCGCCGACAUUAUCUGCACUUCGUUUACUUGAUUGAAAAAAAAAAAAAACA